AAGGUUGGAUUGGGGAAAUGCCGACAUGCGAUGGAUCAAAAUCUACUCCCGACCAGACUAGAUGGGACGUCGGGCUAGCUUGAUUCCCAUUUCGUAGAUGUCAUCGUACCUCGGUAUAUAGCGAAAAGUAUUCCCUUUUCUGUCCAUGUUUAGCUCCGUGGAUUAUUCUCCGUCAAGUCCAUCUCGAUAUCGAAAUCGCAGACAAUGAGCGUCCACCGCGAGUCCGAGGACCUUCCCGCGAAGCCGGAGCUUGAUCCGCAGACUCAGCAGGUCGAGACAGCUACACCUGCCGAAGAUGCCGAGUUCAAGAAGCGCGAGGCGCGCGUGGUUGUGAAGCUCGACCUUUAUAUAUGUCCAAUUCUCGUUGUUCUGCAGCUCAUCUCAUUCCUGGAUAGGGGCAACAUCGGGUUCGCAGCGACGCAGGGCAUGAUCACCGACUUGAACCUCGUGGGCACGCAGCUUAAUACCGCCGUAUCGCUUUUCUACCCGCUAUACAUACUAUCGGAGUUCCCGGCUGCGCUGAUCGUAAAGCGAGUGGGGUUCAACCGCGUGAUUCCUGCGGCUGCGGCUUGCUGGGGACUUUGCUGCUUGGGAAAUGGCUUCGCGAGGAACUUUGGAGACCUUGUCGCGUGUCGCUUGCUGAUGGGAAUGUUCGAAGGAUGUUUGAUGCCCAGCUUAACACUUAUGUUAGCCAACUGGUACAAGAGGGAUGAGAUUGGAUUAAGGAUUAGUUACCUUUUUAUCUCCUCGGCUAUUUCCAGUGCGUUUAGCGGCUUGAUCGCCUACGGUAUCUUGUUUAUGAAUGGGGCCGCUGGAUAUCCGGGAUGGAGAUGGUUAUACAUCAUCGAAGGCUCAGCAACUGUCGUGAUAGGUGCCGCUUGCUACUUCAUCAUACCAUCAUCUUAUACCACAGCCUACUUCCUUAAUGAGGACGACCGGGCUGUGAUGAGGAAGCGGGCGGAAAUGACCGAAGCAUACAGCGGGGGACAAGGACAUUAUACGCGCACCGAGUUCAAUAUGGCUAUUAAGGACGUGAAGACGUGGGUACACGCCACCAUUCAGGUCAUGUGUCUCACGAUAUUAUACGGCUUCAGUGUUUUCCUGCCAAUCAUCCUGCGGUUUGGCUUCAACUUUAGUGUUGAGCAAUCUCAAUAUCUCAGCAUUCCAGUCUUCGCUUGGGGUUCAGUCGUUUAUGGUGUGUGUGGGUAUUUAUCAGAUCGUUUCUCUCGGCGAUUCCUCGCAUGCAUUAUUUGCGCGCCGCUCGGGGCGGUCGGGUACGGUAUGCUCCUCGGAGGCAACCAUCUUUCUGUCGGAGUGAAGUAUUUCGCAUGCUUUCUCAUCGCAACCUGUGCAUGGACUAUGGGCGGUGCGAAUGUAGCCUGGCUGUCAACUAAUACCGCACCCGAUGGUAAGCGAGCUGCCUCAGUUGGACUUACAUUAGCUAUGGGAAAUCUGGGUGGGAUAAUUUCUGGUCAGAUAUACCCACAGACCAUGGCUCCGGCUUAUACUCUGGGUCACGCGUGGAGUCUCUGUGCUAUAUGCAUCUCGUUCUGUUUGUGGUGGGUUCUUAGGCACAUAUACUAUCGUCGUGAGGUGCUUAAGGCGCAAAUUCUGGAGGGUGUAGUUCAGGGGCCCGUCGACUUCUCGGACAGAGUACCGGAUUAUAAGUACCAACAUUAAUUGCGAGGACAUAUAUUGCAUGUAUAGGUCUGUUGGCUUUCUGAGCUUCAAGCAUAUUUAACGAUAUCUAAGAAACACAAUAAGAUUAUAUGAUAGAUAAAAACAGGUUUUAGCCCC